UUGGGAUCGUCUUGUGGGUCCCGCAUCAAUUAAGAAGAAAUAUCCGGACCGUUGAUUCACUCUUUCGACGUUUGAUCAAGGGACCGGACGUCUCCGAUGGAGUUUCAGCGUUUCAUUCGUCGGCGGAUAUAAAUCCUCAUCUCCGACGGAAAAUAUCGGAGAAGAAGAAGAAGAAGGGAAAUGGAGAGACCUCCGGAGAACGAUUACUGCUCGAUAUGCCAUGGCCACUUCAACGUUCCUUGCCAGGCCAAUUGCUCUCACUGGUUCUGCGGAAAUUGCAUUAUGCUUGUUUGGCGUCAUGGAUCUACGUUACAGACAUGUAAAUGCCCGUUGUGUCGCCGUCCCAUUACAUUGCUCGUUCCUACCGAGAAUCCUCUGAGGGGGCGUGAUAACUCUGCAGUUGCAGACAUUCUUCGUGAUAUUGAAACAUACAAUCGACUCUUUGGUGGUCAUUCUACUAGUAUUUUUCAGAGAAUGCAAGACCUUCCAUUCCUACUCCGGAGGCUGUUGCGAGAAAUGAUGGAUCCACAAAGAACACUUCCCCUCGUCAUAAGGGCUCGCAUUUACAUUGCAAUUAUACUCAGUGCCAUUUACAUAAUCAGUCCAGUAGACAUCAUUCCAGAAGGAAUUCUGGGAAUAGUCGGUUUACUGGACGAUCUGCUCAUCGCCCUGGUUUGUUUCCUCCAUGUUGCUGCUCUGUACCGGUCCGUUCUAUACUUCCGUCAUGGCGGUUCUUGAAUCAGAGAAAACCAUACAAGGUUUGUCCGAGCAGUAGGAAGUGAUAUGGUUGGUAACUUGCUGUCGCCCCCUUUCCUUUGCUUACUCAAAGUUGUUCCAUUAUGACUCAACCAUAGAACAGCGCCUUUUUAUCUUUCGCAUCAUGCAUCAUCAUACAUCAUAGGCGGAUUCGCUCUUGCUUUAUCAUUGUCACGAAUGGGAAUUCAAACGUCCAAUCAGAAACCAUUUCUGCAGUAGGAGUUUAUGUAUGUGAAAUAUAAAGUGCGUGUAGUGAGUAAUAUGCUCCAUGGAAGAAGAAAAAGGCGGCAUUGCGCUAGUCAAGAUUCCAAGGUCUCAUCAUAUAUGUUAUAUAAUGCACCGCUGCAGUGUAUACAGAGAGCACAUAUAAUUAUGUGUAGAGAGACUUGAAACAUAAUUAUAAUUGUUUGGAGCCGCUGGGCUACGAAUAUAGCAGUACAA